UCCACUGGAUCAUUCUUCCGUGACAACAGCAUUACACUUGGCAGCCUCAUUGGUAUUUCUAGCUUCUUAGAACUCUCAGGCAGAUCAACAAGAGGAAGAAUGGUGGAAGCCUCGAAGGACAGCAAAAGAAUUCACAAGCUGAAACCUUGGUUGUUUUCACUUUGUUCAAGGCUAAGUACUGAUGCAGUGAGUGGAAAUGAUACCCCCUCUCUUGGUCACUACCUUGAAGCUGAGAGAAGAGCAGCGAGUACAUACAGAAGGAACCAGUGUCCUACGACUUAUGGACCCAAUGUUUUCUCCCCUAUUCAAGAUUCAACCUCACUAUUAGUGGGUAGCCAAACUGAUCAUUGGCCAUCUGCUUCAUUGGGUGAUGAUGGUGGACAUUAG